CAACAACAUUGGCGUUGUCAUCUACCUCCUUCUCUCUCUCGUUCUUCCUUUCUUCCAAGGGAAGGAACGUAACGUCGUCUAUGCAUGUGCCUUCCCACGCUCUCUAUGACUCUAUCUCCUCUCUGUUUUUAACCUCCAAUAAUUACGGACAAAAGCUUUUGCGAUUACCGGUUUCGACGUCUCGAUUUACAAUAUUGAUUGGUUGAUAAAUUUUUGAAUCUAUAUAUAUACUGACUGACUUCGUUAUCGUGUUGGAUGGUGAUGAGAAGAUUGUGCCGAAAAUUGGACCGGGAAGAUGGCCUGGAGACGGUGCUGGAGGUGCCCAUCCCGGAGGAAAUGUUCGCCGACGACGUCAACGCCGGCGGCGAGAUGAGGACUUGGCUCAACGCGCAGGCUUUCGACAACGCCGCCGCCGACGAUCAGCACCAGCAACAGCAAGUCUCCCGCCGCAAAUCCGAGCUGCAGCUCCUCCUCAACGUCGUCGGCUUGCCUCUCGUACCCUGCCCCGUCCCCUCCGAUCAUGCCUUCGGCGGCCGUUCUAUCCUCCUUCGUGAUAACUCCUCCCUCCAAGAGUCGUCGGCGAAGUACAUCAUCCACCAGUACAUCGCGGCGACGGGAGGUCAGGCGGCGCUGACGUCGAUAAGCACCAUGUACGCGGUGGGGAAGGUGAGGAUGAGCGCGUCGGAGUUCCAGGGGAGCGACGGCCCCAACGAGGUCGGAGGGUACGUGCUGUGGCAGAGGAGCCCCGACGUGUGGUACUUCGAGCUCAUCAUGGCCGGCUGUAAGAUGAGCGCCGGCAGCGACGGAAAGCUCACCUGGAGGCAGUCCGCCUCCAUGCAAUCCCAUGCCCUCAGAGGCCCCCCGCGCCCGUUGCGCCGAUCUCUGCAGGGAUUGGAUCCGAGGUCGACGGCGAACCUCUUCUCGAACGACGCGGUGUGCACCGGCGAGAAGACGAUCAACGGCGAGGAAUGCUUCAUGCUGAAACUGGAGGCGGAUCGGGAGACGCUGAAAGCCCGGAGCGCCGCCAACUUCGACAUGGUGCACCACACGAUAUGGGGCUACUUCAGCCAGCGCACCGGCCUCCUCGUCCAGCUCGACGACACCUACCUCCUCAGCAUGAAGGGUGCCGGCGGCUGCGGCCAGACCAUCUUCUGGGAGACCACCAUGGAGUCCGCCCUCGACGACUACCGCCUGGUCGACGGCGUCAGCGUCAGCGUCGCGCACGCAGGCCACACCACCGUCACCCUGUCCCGGUACGGCGAGGGCACGGCCAAACACAAGCGGAGGAUGGAGGAGACGUGGACCAUCGAGGAGGUGGAUUUCAACCUCUUGGGCUUGUCCAUGGACUGCUUCCUCCCGCCGGCCGACAUGAAGAAGGACCAAGACGGAUGGCAGCAGUGAAUCAUGCCUCGAUUCUUCAAAUCUUUGUCUCCCUUGAUCGCGUUCUUGUAAAUAUAAUUAAUCAAUUGAUACAACGAUCAGGCUGUGAUUUUAUUUUUCA